AGACAGGGGCAUGUUCCGACCGCCGGACGUGCGAGGCGUAAUAGUGAGCAUAAUUGAUAAAUAAUAUAAGAUCAAAGGAAGGAAAUAAAGUGUUGAUAAAAUAAUAAUGUUUGUGUAGAUAAGACGAAACAGUGGAGAGUGACGAGUGAGGAAACACACUGAGGCGGCUAGUUGGCUCCCUUCCCUACACACGAAGAUGGAAGAAGAUCCGGACGGACUUGCCCCUUCAUCGCCACCAUCACCGCCACUCCACUGACUCCAAGCGACAUCUUUCUGUUGUUAGUGUCCUUCAUUUAUCCUCUUAUGUGCCUUACUCUUCCUCCGCCUCCUCUUCCUCCUCGGUGUCUCUUCCUGUAAAGUGAAUCGAGACUUCCCUUCCCUUCCUCUCCUCCCUUUACCGUCAGUGCCUACUACCUUUCUCAUUCCUUCCAUUAUCAGACCCUCCAUUUCUUCUUCUUCUUCCUAUUCCUCGAUAGUCUUCAAUUGAGUGUCGUAUGGAUUAUGAAUAUUUCUCUACGAAACUUUAAGAAGAAUCCUAUGUGCCAAAACAACCUAACGUGUACAGUAACUUAUAAAUAAACUCUGGAAUAAAUUAUACAGACAGAUACACAACAACAGAGAAAAGAUCCGGUCAUUUUUUUAGGGGGUGGAACCUUUGACAUCUGUUGAUUUAAGCAUACACAGAAACUAGUGGUGAUCUAAGAUAUUGUAACUGUUAUAAUAUCGAGAAAAAAAAAUCCCUUGUACCAAUACGAACAGAAAUAUUAAAGAAUAAACUAAAUUAGAUACAAGGUUAUAUAUUUUUGGGGGUAUUCAUCUGUAGUAAGGUCCCAAGAUCGAAAAUGUUUGCGUGUUUCGGGUUGAAGGCCAAGCACAAGCGGCUGUCCCCCACCCAGUCGGAGGUAGAGCUGUGUGCGCCUCUCAAUGGGUCACCUCGAACGCCUCUCCACCGUAUGCCAACACCUCAUGGCACUCCCCUCCCAAAACGAGCUUCAUUUAGGAGAAAGAAGAACAAGAGGGCCUCAGAAGUCGAGAACCACGUCGAAUACCCGGUGAAGGCAGCGCGGCCAGGUGGACCGACCAGUGGGCCGCGCGGCCCGCACGUGGGCCACAAUGGGCCGGGCCAGCAGCAUCCAGUGCCGCAUGCAGACCAGCUGCGGCGCCUGGAGGCCGAGGUGGCGGCUCGGGCUGCGGAAGUCAAGGCGGCACGGGCGGAGAGGGACCAAGCCGGACGCGGCGUGGAGGCCCUCACAGUCCUCCUUCACCACCUCACCAACACGUACGAUCCAUUCACCACCCCACGACUAAAGGCAGAAGUGGUGAGACUCAACACACUACUCACGGAGACCCGACUCAGCUUAGAUGAGAGUAGUGCUGCUGUUCGGCGGCUGCAGGAAGCUGAGGUGAGCAGCUUGGAGCAGCACAACCAGAAGGUGCUGCAGCUUGAGCAGCAGCAUCGCGAAACUGUCGAUCAUUUCAAUAAGCAACAUCAACGUGAAAUUGAUCUGGCCCUUGAGAAGCACAGGAAAGGACUGUCUCAGUUUGCUGAAGACCAGCAAAACCAGCGUGAGGAACUGAGCCGAGCCCAUACUGCAGAGAUAGAGCAACUGGACGGCGAAUGGAGGAAUAAGCUAGACCUCCAGCAUGAGAAACACCUCUGUGCUGUGCAAGAGCUAAACACCCAACACACACACAAGUUGCGUGAGUUGGAGUCAUCUCGGAAAGCUCGGGAACGUGAAUUAGAAGAGGCAAACUUCCGCCUAAUGCAAGAUCAAGAAGCUCUGAUGAUUGAGUCUAAGAAAUUAGAGGAAACCCUACUGAACGAUACUGACCACAGACUGCAGGCUGUUCGCAAGAUGUGUUCAUCUCUCAAGAGUGAGGUUGACUCACUAAAGUCUGUGGUAGAAAUGAAGAAUGCUGAAAUCCAUGACCUUCGUGGACAGGUGAUAGAGAUGGAUAGAUUGUCCAGUGAACUAGAGUUUGCACGUGACAAAGCCAAAGCUCUCCAGGCCAAGACAGAAGAUCUCCAAGCACAGAUGGAAAAGAAGGCCAUACAAGAAAGACACUUAGUAAAUGAGCAUAGACUCCUGGUUGAGACCUUCCAGAGGGAAUCCAAUGCUAACAAACGACUCAGUCUAGAAAAUGAGGAACUAGCGUGGAAACUCCGACAACGGGAGGAGAUAAUGUCUACCUCCAUGCCUUCUUCUACUCUUGGCUUCAGAUGUCUUUUCGGAGGGCGUAGACAAGAUCUCGUGAGCCGCUCCUCAGCAACACCACGGCGCCAAGAGGGGGCGCCCUCCCCUCAGGCUGCCCCCCGAUCACCCAGGGUAGCUGUUCGGUCUCCAUCAGGAAAAAUAUCACCUUCCAAGUGUGAUGUCGGCAAACGCAGGUCCCGGUUAGGUCUUGCCCCUGAAGAUGGUGCUGAUGGAGAUGACAAAGUACAGGAGGUUUCUUUUGAAUCUCCCCCACCAUCACCAUGUGUGAAAUCUGUGGUGGAGAAGUCAAAUUCUGUCUCUUUUAUUCUUGAUCUUAAUGACUCACAGUCUGAUGAUAGUUUUUUAGAUCUGCCUCCAUCGCCCAGACCUCGGCCGCAGCGAACGGUAUCUCUAAGUGCCGCAGACCGCCCACGUACUCCUACGCAUGUACGGAGAGUCAUUCAUAACAACAGAGCAAAUGCUAUGAACAGAAAUGGAUUACAUGCUGAUGGUAAGCCAAAGGAUAUAAAUGAGAAACCAAAGAAAAUUAAUGGAAAGGCAAAAGAAUUAAAUGAAAAACCCAAAGAAGUAAAUGGGAAAUCUUUGGACGCUAAUGGUCAUGGUAGUCGACCGGGAUCUAGGCGAACCACAUCAGAAAGUAGUGAAGGAGGCAGCGAGAUGGAAAGAGUAUCUCCAACUGGUCUAGCAUGGACUGUGCCUGUCCAUUCACCUAAGUCUCCUGCUAAAGUAAAUGCCUCUCGACAAAAUGGAUCACCAGUAAGAGGCAGGAUAGAGCACCAUCUUCUGGAGGAUCCAGAUGAGGAUGAGUAUGAAGAAACUCCAGGUGGUACCCAUCAAUUCAUUGAAGUUGUAGAACUGUCUGGAGUUGGACUCACGAGUAGCUCUGAGGCUGCCAGUGACUCGGAACUUUCUCAGUGUGACAUAAUAAAGGGGGGUUCCUCUUCAGACUCUGAUAGUGAUAGUAGUGAUGGUGAGCGGCACAGCAAACAGGGCUCAUCUAAUCAUAAACCCCAUAGUCGGAAAAAUGGACCUUGGUGCCCCAAGGAGGGUGCUGGCGAAGCUAUGAUAACUGAUGAACUGUUGAAACAAUAUACUGGUGACGCCCUGACUAUUGAACCACUCCCAGGUCGAGGGAAACGACCCACUCGAAGACGCCUUCCUUCUGCACCAUCUUCUGAUUCUGACGAUAACAACGUAAAUCUUCACAACGAUGGAAACAACAUGGAUGUCAGCUGGUCUGAGGAUGUGGAUAUCACUUCUAGCUCUGAGAUGCACGAGCUGUGAUGGCACAGCAUAACUCCUUCCUCUCGACCGACAUCUGACGAACGACUGCGAACGACUAAACACUGCCACAGCUUUCUGACUUGCCAUGACACAAGUGAUCUCUAUGGUGGUACAAUUUCCUUUGUGCAGGUAUCAAUCCUAAUUGCCCUGACACACCUCAGCCUUUGUCCUUUGUUGCUGAUUGUGUGGGUACAUUACCCAUUGUGGGAAAACAAAAUGCCAAUACCAUUCACUAGAUGAAUCACUUGAUGGCCAGUUUAUGUUGUGUUUAUUUUCUAGUCAAGCUGUGUAAUUCCACAGACCAGAUCUAACCAUACCUACACCCUCCUCUCCUAGCUACAGUUAUCCAGUGGCUCAACUCUAGCAGGAAGUGAAUUUUCUCCCAGUGUUCCCAUUGCCUCUUGUGAAACCGUAAGUGAGAGGAGCAUUAUGGGAUUAUGUUUUGCCUUAUCAGACCUACUUUUGUUUAGUCACUACUUGUGGCACCCAUGUUUACAAGCAAAAAUGAAAAUUCAUUCUUAGAGAAUGUUUAAAUUUGAAAAAUAGAUCCAGUAUGCCUAGUUCUGUGCUGAGCAGUACCACAACCCACUGAAUGUUACCUAAACAAUAAAAAGGUUGUAUGAUAAGACUCAGCAGUUGGUUGUACAUAAUUCCCAUGUAAGUCUGAAAAUACAACAUAUAUAUAUUAUCACUCACACUAUAGUGUAAUAUAUCUGAUAAGAGCAUGAUGUAUUUACAAAUUCAACUAAAGAGCUUAUACCCUAUCAAGAGUCCAGAAUUAAUGUAAUUUAUUACAUGCACAAUGAAAAAAAAGCGCAAAAAAUUAUUGUUUAUAUAUUUAAUUGUUUUCCAAGUUACAUAAUAUGCCAGUACAGUUUUGUUAAUGGUGGCAAAACAUGAAUUAUUCAUAAAUGGCCCAUUGGGCGUGUGCCAGGCUACGCUGAGCAUUGACGCAACUAUACAUGCCUUCUGUUGUUGCUCUGGCCAGGUUGAUUGUGUCUUCAGCUUCUAUUAUUGUUAAUUCUUGUUAUCAUCCUUAUGGUCAUGCUCUUGUUAAUAUGUCGUGUUAAAUAAAUAAACUAGUACCAAACCAUGUCAUACUUGCUGCAGAUGACCCUAAUACACAGAUACAUUAUUUCAUGUGACAUAUAAUGGUAGCUGAUGGCAUACACCACAGCCAGAAUAUUAUCUAUAGAAAUCAGUUUGUGGCCAUUUCUAUAUACCAUUUGCAGGAACACACACGUCUACAUAUGCAAUGUGGUGCCAUGUGAUACCUGUUUUUCUACCCAGUGUGCAAAGUGCUAACAGUGCUAGGGCUCGUUAGGUCAGUCUGCCCAGGUAGUAAGGGUUAGUUAUUUGUGGUGAUCAUAGCAAUUUUGUGAUUUAAGGAAACAAACUGAGGCUCUUUUUACUUGUUUUGCAAAUAAGGGAGACAGCCAUGUAGUAAUUCUUUCCAGGAAACACAAAAUUGCAAAUUUCACCAAUGAUGUAGUGAAAAUAAAAUCUUCCAAUUGAUUUUUUGCAGAUAGUGACCAUUAUCGCCCUCACAUAUUCUUAGGAGAGUGUCUUGGUUUUAAUGAUUUAAGAGUAUUACAGCAUUGUUUAUACUAAGUUCAAAGCCCUGAUGUGAUGUUAUUUUACAUCUAUAUUACUACCCAGCUAUUAAGUUUAAAGCCCCGAUGUGAUCUUACUGUAGGACAUAGAAAUAAAGCAAAGCUCGAG